AUGAAGUACCAGCUCGCCACUCUCCUGUUCGCCUCCAUGGCCCUAUCACAAUCAACCACCACUGUAAAAGAAGCCAGGGAGAUAUGCGGAAAGAAUAUCAAGCUUUCAUGCUGUGAGCGCGGAGGGCCCCUGCAGGCAGUAUUUGAGAACUGCAAGGAAAUCUCUACUGCAAGGGAUAUGAUUGUCUCAAAUUAUAUUCCUGAAUACCUUCUGAAUACCGUCUAUCCGCCCAUACAAACCGUCGCUUCCCCUAUAUUGCCCGCCCUAGAAAUCAAGUACAUAUGUGUGUUAUGUGAAAGAGCAACACAACAGUGA